GGGCCAGAGCAGGGAGGAGAGAGAAAGAAGCUUUUGUGCGCAGGCAGCUUCGUCUCUCCUCACCCUCUCCUCCUUUUCUUGCCUUUGUUGACUACUGGUUAGAGAGAGAAAGCUAUUAUAUUGUGAGCGUGCAUUUCUUUUCCAAUUGAGAGAGAAAGGUUUGGGGGAGAGAAAGUGAGGUCCAUCAUUUCCUCUCUCUUUCCUGCAGAGCCCAUAUACAUAUUCUUUAACCCCCUCCCCUCUUCCUCGAGGAGCGGGGCGCGGCGGCCACUCUUCCCUGUGAUUUUGCUCUCCAUCUCUCUAGAUUCCGAGUUGCAGAAGGACGUAAGUCUCAUAAGGGGGUUGUUGUUAACCGAGCAUGUGUGGGGGCACUGAGUGUGCGAAACCGGUGACCGCCUUGGCAAUGGACCCUUACCACAAAACCAGUGUGGACCAUGAUUCAACUUUCUUAUUCAAAGACAUCGAAGUAGGCAGCAAAGGCAAUGGUUACUCAUCUUUGCUCGAGCUUUCUGCCUCCAAUGAUCUGAUCAGCUUCAAGCAGGCUGUCGAGGAGGAUGGCUCUGCCAUUGAUGGCACUGCCCUCUGGUAUGGCCGACGCAGCGGCUCUAGCCGCAUGUCUGUUGAGCAGCGGACCCCCCUUAUGGUGGCCGCGCUCUUCGGCAGCACCGAUGUCCUCUCGUAUAUCCUUUCGGCUUAUGAAACAUGUGGCAUCGAUGUGAACCAGGCAUCGGGUUCUGAUGGUGCCACUGCCCUGCACCUAGCGGCAGCCUCCGGGGCAUCCUUGGCUCCUGAAGCAGUGCGCCUCCUUGUUGCUGCCUCUGCAGACCCGACGCGCCCAGAUGCCCUUGGUAACCUCGCUGCUGACCUUGUCCCUACUGCCCCACACCUCACCCCUUCACGCCCUUUGCUUGAGGGCUUACUCGGUCGCAAGGCUGAGACUGAGGACCUUGGUUCUGUGCCUCCCCCUGAACAGGGACUGAAAUCAAGCGAGAAGAAGGAGUACCCGGUUGAUCUUUCACUACCUGAUAUAAAGAAUGGGGUUUUUGGGACUGACGAGUUUAGGAUGUAUUCUUUCAAGGUGAAGCCGUGCUCGCGUGCAUACUCGCACGAUUGGACUGAGUGUCCAUUUGUGCACCCUGGAGAGAAUGCAAGGCGGAGGGAUCCAAGGAGGUACCACUACAGCUGUGUGCCAUGCCCUGACUUUCGCAAAGGUGCAUGCAGGCGCGGUGAUGCGUGCGAGUAUGCUCAUGGUGUGUUCGAGUGCUGGCUACACCCUGCCCAGUACCGCACCCGACUAUGCAAGGAUGAGACCGGGUGCACACGAAGGGUUUGCUUCUUUGCACACAAGCCUGAGGAGCUCCGGCCCCUUUAUGCAUCGACUGGUUCUGGUGUGCCGUCACCAAGAUCAAACUCACCAUCGUCAUCACUUGAGCCUCCUAUGAGCCCACUUGCACUUGGCUCCCCAUCAGUACUCAUGUUACCCUCAUUUGCUACCUCGACAUCUGCUAUGUCACCUUCAUCUUUGCAGCUCUCAGGGGCUGGGUUGCAGGGCAGCAGGCUGAAGGCAACACGGAGUGCCAGGGACUAUGUCACUGAUGAUCAACAGCUACUUGACGAGCUCUCAUCGAACUUUGCUGCUCAGUCUCGGCUCAACCCCCUCAACAUUAGCCGGAGCGCCAAACUUAGGAGCCUUGCGGCUGGGGUCUCACCUACCAAUCUAGAUGAAAUGCUCUCUACUGAGGCAGCGCUUGCACAAUUGGACGCAGCCAUGCUAACACAGCUGCAAAGCCCGACAUCCCUACAAGCACGUCAGGCCCUACUUGGCCACAGCUCAACUGGGUCUAGUUCGUCGAUUUCCCCGGCCAUGGCUCAAGCCAUGCUUAACCAAUCAACCUCCUCUUUUUCUCCAGCUAUGGCGCAAGCCAUGCUGAACCAGUCGGGAUCAUCUCUCGCUCCAGCCAUGGCACAAGCCAUGCUGAAUCAGUCGGGAUCAUCACUCUCUCCAGCCAUGGCGCAAGCCAUGCUGAACCAGUCAGGAUCAUCACUCUCUCCAGCAAUGGCACAAGCCAUGCUGAACUCCUCCCGCUCGGCUGCAUUUGCAAAACGUAGCCAGAGCUUCUGCGACCGCGGGCAAGGUGUGCUCGGGACAAUGGCCACAUCUCCGCCACCGACAUCAGCGUUCGCUGAUUGGGGCUCGCCAAACGGUAAACUUGACUGGGGUGUUCAGGGUGAGGAGCUUAGCAAACUUAGGAAGUCAGCUUCUUUUGGAUUUCGGAGUAAUGGGGUUGUACAUGGCGGCGAUGACCCCGAUGUCUCGUGGGUUCAGUCCCUCGUAAAGGACGGCCCGGCAUCUUCAAGGCUUGGCGGUGGGGCAGCAGUGACGGAGGAUUCAAGGUUUGGAGGGCAGUUUGUAAGGCAUCACCAGGAGUUGCAGAGUGCCGAGUCAUGGUUCGAGCAAAUUUACAUGGAGCAGGAGCAGAUGGUGGCCUGAGGCCUCCAUGAAAAAGGAAAUGUGCUCUCUCUCUCUCUCUCUUAACAUGAUACCCAUGAUUCCAAUUUUUUGAUUUGUUAUAUUUGUUAAUGGUGGAAGGAGAAAAAUAGUAAGGAGAGGAGGUUUAAAACUGGAUCUCUCUCUCACUCUUAUCCGUAUCUCUAAUGAUAAAGAAGUAUAUCGAGUAUAGUGCUUCUAGGUUGGGGAAAUGUUUACAGUGGUUUUUUUUGUUCUUUCUUUAAUUUCUUCUUUAAUUUUUUUGUUCUUGUCUGGUAUUGUAGGAGAACAUUGGUUGAAGGGGGUGAGGAUUUGUCUCUCUCUAGGAGAAUCCUGACCCUUAACUUGCAACUUUCAAUUAUUAUAUAUGUACAUAAAUAUAUAUGAGUAAUGGAUCUCUAUUCCUUAGUUCAGUGCC